GACUACAUCGAUCACCCUUUGUCUGGCUCACCUUCGUCGAUGUCCUCAUCUACUCCUCUUGGGGCGUUUAUCACUACCAGUUCGAGUCCCUCCCGCUCCCUCUCACCGCCGACCAGGCCGGAAAACGAGGCUUCUCCGAGUUCUCUGCUCGGAAACACGUCAAGGCCCUGACCCAGUUGGGCCCUCACCGUGUUGGCUCUGAUGCCAUCACACUUGCUCUGCACUAUGUAUUGGCAGUAGCCGAGGAGAUUAAGAAGACGGCUCAUUGGGAAGUUGAGGUUGAGGUGGACUCGUUUGUUGCGAAAACCGGAGCGAAUCAAAUGAAGAGUGGAUUGUUUAAGGGGAAGACACUUGUGUAUUCGGAUUUGAACCACAUUGUUGUGAGAAUCUCGCCCAAGUAUGCUGCUGAUUCUGUCGACAAUGCUGUUCUGGUCUCUUCUCACAUUGACAGUGUCUUCUCAACAGGAGGUGCUGGAGAUUGCAGUUCGUGUGUAGCUGUGAUGCUGGAACUUGCUCGUGGAUUUUCGCAGUGGGCGCAUGGAUUUAAGCAUGCUGUUAUAUUUUUGUUUAACACUGGGGACGAGGAGGGUCUAAACGGUGCUCAUAGCUUUAUAACUCAGCAUCCAUGGAGCAAAACAUUCUGUCUGGCUAUUGAUCUGGAGGCCAUGGGUAUUGGAGGGAAAUCUGGCAUAUUCCAGGUUGGUCCUCUUCCUUGGGCUAUUGAGAAUUAUGCUGCAGUAGCAAAAUACCCAUCUGGCCACAUAAUAGGACAGGAUUUAUUUUCCUCUGGAGUCAUCAAAUCUGCAACAGAUUUCCAAGUUUACAAAGAGCUAGCUGGCCUUUCAGGGCUUGACCUUGCUUACAUAGAUAAUGGUGCAGUAUACCACACAAAGAAUGACAAGUUUGAGCUUCUUCAACUUGGAUCUCUUCAACAUCUUGGAGAAAAUAUUCUUGCUUUUCUGCUUCGGGUUGCUGUAUCCUCUCAUCUUCCAAAGGCCAACUCAAUGCAAGAGGAGGAUAAAACAGGCCUGAGUGCUGCUAUAUAUUUUGACAUUUUGGGGUGGUACAUAAUUGUCUACCGUCAGCGCUUCGCCAGAAUGCUUCAUAAUUCAGUGAUAGCGCAAUCACUUAUAUGGACUACAUCAUUGCUUAUGGGUGGUUAUCUGGCCGCAGUUUCCUUGGUCUUGUCAUGUUUAAGUGUAAUUAUCAUGUGGACAUUUGCAUUAAGUUUCUCAGUUAUCGUGGCCUUCAUUAUACCCCUAAUAUCAUCAUCACCAGUGCCAUAUGGCGCAAACGCAUGGCUUGCAGUUGGCUUAUUCGCUGCAUCUGCCCUUCUUGGAGCAUUAACUGGUCAAUAUUUGGGUUAUAUUGUUCUUCAUACAUAUUUGGCAAACGCUUACUCCAAAAGGUUACAACUGUCACCUGCUAUCAGAGCCGAUUUGGUUAAAUUAGAGGCUGAGAGAUGGCUCUAUAAAGCUGGAUCAAUUCAGUGGCUCAUUGUCCUUAGUUUGGGAACUUAUUACAGAAUUGGAUCGUCAAAUCUGGCUCUUGCUUUUGUUCCACCAGCAUUCGCAUAUGGUUUUCUUGAAGCAACUCUAAGCCCAGUCCGAUUACCUAAGCCAUUGAAACUUGCGACGCUAUUGAUAGGAUUAGCUGUACCCGUAGUACUUUAUGCUGGUAUUAUCAUUCGGGUGGCUGGCACAAUAAUCGGGACCAUGGAUCGUUUUGAUAGGAAUCCUGGUAGCGCUCCUGAUUGGCUGGGAAAUGUUAUACUUGCUGUUUUUGUUGCUGCUGUCACGUGCCUGACUUUGGUGUAUCUUCUUUCAUACAUUCAUCUUUCAGGUGCCAAGAGAUUGAUUGUCCUCUCAACUUGCGCCUUGUUUGGCCUCUCUCUUGCUCUUGUAUUAUCUGGUACUGUACCAGCAUUUACUAAAGACACUUCAAGAGCUGUAAAUGUUGUGCAUGUUGUAGAUACUACAAGAAGCAUUGAAGAUCCUCGGUCCUAUGUGUCUCUGUUCUCUUCAACUCCUGGAAAAUUGACAAAGGAGGUUGAGCAAAUUAAGGAAGGUUUCAGAUGUGGUCGAGAUCAAGUCUCUGAUUUUGUAACUCUUACAGUCAAGUAUAGCUGUUGGACCGAGGAUGAGAGUGACAGUGGGUGGAGUGAAGCAGACAUUCCCAUAUUGCAUGUCAAGAGUGAUACUCAAGGAAUUGAAAGAACAACCCAAGUUUUAAUCGAUACAAAGGGCUCAAUACGGUGGUCUCUUGCAAUCAACACCAAUGAAAUACAUGAUUUUGCAUUCACAGAUGCUGGAAACUCUGAGGAGUUGGUUUCAGUUGGUGACAAAAGUGGUGUAGAUGGUUGGCACGUUAUUCAGUUUGCCGGGGGUAUCAAUUCACCGAGAACAUUUGGUCCGACUCUCUUCUGGACUAAAAACUUUACCAUUAAGGCGGGUGGGAAGAGGGACGAACAAGCUCCCCUUGUCAAGUUAAGAACUGAUAUGGACAUCGUAACACCAAAAGUCGAGAGAGUGCUUACAAAGCUUCCUACUUGGUGUUCACUAUUUGGCAAGUCGACAUCUCCCUACACAUUCAUCUCAUUUCCAAUGAAUGUACCGUAUACAUUAUACAUAUACUAACCUUCAUAGGAAAUGUCAAAUUCAAGAAACCAACGUUUUAUUUAUUUUUUUAAAGUUCAUGUAUAAGCAGUUUACAGAAUUGAUUUACGAAAGGGAUAUGGCUUGGAAGUCAAUAACAUU